GCUCCACUUAAGACGGUUGCAUUUCUUCGGUUUGCUAUAAGUACAAUCGUCUCCUUUAUCUGUACAGCCAUCGCAAUCCUCCCUAUAUAAAUUCAGCCCCCAGCUCAAUCCGAAAUAAUUCUAUUCCUUGCACACGUGUAUAACAUAAGCAUAUUUGUUACAAAUCUUCCAAAAAGGUACAUCCAUACUGUUCAACUUUGGCCCUUUUCUAGGGUGCUAAAUAUCUUGCCUUUUCAAGGGAAACUUAAUAAAGGCUGUUUGCACCCACGUACAUGUACAGGUUGUAUCUUGACUCCAAGAAAAUGCCCACAUCCGAACAUCUUACCAUCAUAAAAGGCAAUUCUUGUUGAGGAUAUUUGCAACUUUUAUAAUCAAUAUCGAGAGACAUCUUAACAUGCAGCUAAACUACUCGCAACUCAAAUGCUUACUUGUUUUUCCAGAUAUUCAACGAGAGUGAAACAGAUUAGCGUGGAUAAAACUGGAAACACACAUACGUACAUACACAUUGCUUGAAGUGUUGAAGCCAGGGUUAUAAACCGCAUUUCCUCUCAGCCAGGGACAUCCAUUCGAAGAAGAGAGGUACAUACGCCUGUGGCCACCAAUCGUUCUGUAUAACAUUAUAUGGGUCUCAUAGGAAAAUCGUAAAAGUAAAUUUACUUUUAGCGAGUAUAUUGUGAUUAAAAGUUGGAUGGCGACUUUCAAGUACGCCUACGCAGUAUUGAGUAUACUCACCUUCACAUGAUGCUUGGGAACGCGCUAGCGAAGCGACUACACAAAUCAUAUCGUGCGCGUGGCUCGAAUCUAGUUCCAUUGCACGUGUAUUGCCGAUUAUCUACCACUGAUUUUACGACAUCAACGAGCCGAGUCUAACGAAGGCGAACAUUUUUCAGCAGCUGUCAGCUGCUUACAUUCGAGGUACAGCCGGCAACAGCUAGUGGUAGCUCAUUACUUUCUCAUAAAUGGUACCGAGUUUCAGUUUUAAAUAAAUGGUCAAACCUUCACAAAUGGAUUGCGAAGUUCUAAUCAAUGCAGUUCAAGAGCGCCCUGCCGUUUGGGACAUCGCAAAUAAGCACCAUCAUAAUCGCCAUAUUCUGGAUAAACUGUGGGACGAGAUACGGAGAAAAGUCGGAAGCUCAAAAGACAAAUGCCGAAGGAAGUGGAAAUACUUGAAGGACCGGUUCCGAACCGAACUACGCAAGGAACGUAUCUUUAUUCGUUCAGGAAAAUCCGAAACAUAUGAGUUCAAAACGAAAUUCGUGUACUUCCACCAAAUGUCUUUCAUGCGAAGUCAAAUGUGGGUUGGCAAAACCGAAGAUCAGUUCCUUGAUUAUCCAACGCUCGACCAACCAGACUUGGAAUACGAUGAGACUAAUAUAACAAACAAUUUAUAUGACGAUGGUUAUCGAGAGGAAUCUCCUGAGGGUAAUGGAUAUGUCCAUAGCAAUAUCAACCAUCGAGUAGCUGCUGUCGAGGCUGGUACCAGUGCACCCCCUCAAACGCAGACCGAUGAUAGUAGGAUACCCAAACUCACACUUAAAGUACACAGAAAAGUUAAUAGGCGAAAAAUAGCCAAACGUUUCCUGCAAAUUGAAGAAAGGAAGGCUGAAUUGUUGGAAAAAAUCGAAAUGGAACGAAAUCAACCUAAAGAUUCAGAUGAUUUGUUAUUUUUCAAAAGUUUGCUUGGGUUCAUGGAUACAUUUACUCCAGCGCAGAAUUUACGCGUUCGAAAUAAAAUUCAGGCCGUAAUAUUCGAGGAGAUUAACGAGAGCGCUAGCUACUAUCCAAUUAACGAAAAGUUCCAUAUGUGAUAAUGAAUAAAUAGCUUUUGUAUAUACAUAGAAUUUCUAAGAUAUGUGUGCUGCUAGAUAAAAAGAAUUGGAAUAUUGAAUUAAAGUGUGAAGGAAAGUAGAUAUGAUAAUUUCAAAUUCAUACCGUGUUUGUAUAUUGUUACAAAUUUCAAGUAAUCAUCGAAGGUACAGAAACCCCCAUGUAAACAACAAACUUCUCUGGAAUAAUCGAAUAAGGCUACUUGUUGAAUCAGGGUUAAACAGAUCACAUAUGUAUAUUAUGUUGUUAAUCAAUUAUGUUAUAUAUUUCCAAAUAGAAUCUACAUUAUGAAUUGAUACGAGUAAGAUAGAUAUAAAAAUAUGAAUUUAUAGUAGCGAUAAGAUAAGAGUUGUCAAUUAAAAAUUUUCCAUAGAACAUUAA